AUGGCUUCUCCCAACGAUUCCCACCAGAAGGCCCAUCAACUCCAAGAGCAACCCACUCAAGAUGCACCAAACCAACUGAAAGAUGAUUCCAAUGCUGACCAGGGAAACAAAGCUGAGGAAGUUUUUGCUCUAUUUCCAAACAAAAGAGUUCCAUUCAGACAGAUUUCGAAGCCCCAUUCAAGAAUCAUCGACGCUAAAAAACCAGACAAUGCUGGCGGUUCAUUUAUUCCUGAAAAUUCUCAGGAAGAAAUAAAUCUUCCCAAAGAAAAUGAUCCCACUAUUCAAAAUAUUGAUAAUCGCUCUACUUCAAAAGGUUCAGAUAUCUUAGACAGUUCUAUACUUUUCUCUUCAACCAAUAUUAACCAAGACUUAAACCCUUCUCCAGAAAUUUCUGUGAACUCAAAUUUUUAUUCUGAUGAUCAAAAACAAAUUGAUUUCAAUAACAUUCAAACAGAAAAUAUUCUUAAAAAUGAGCCUCCAACUAAUACUGAGUAUAGUGCAAAUAAUAAAUUAUCUGGAAUUUUUGAAAGCGACCAGAAAGACUCCAAUAACCAUCUUCUUACUUACAAUACUAAUGAUAAUAAUGACAACGAUAACUCUUUUUUGGAAGCCGAUUCAACCAACUAUAUUAAUGCCCACGAAGCUGGCCGAGUUGAAGAAGAGUUGACUGAGGUUUUUUCUGCCACAAACAUCAAUCCAGACCAAAUAAAUCUCGAAAGUUAUAGUCGUUCCGAUAAACCUUUAUUUGAAAAGAAUAAAAAUCAAAGUAAGUUAAAAUCCUCAAUGAAAAAUGGUAGAAAGAAUCAAAAUGGAAAAAAUUCUAAAAAUUCUAAAAAUUCAAACGAUUCUAAUCAAGAUCAAUUGUCUAAAAAACCAAACAAAAGUUUUCCUAAUUCUCAAAAUGAAAUUAAAGAGAAAGGCAAAAACACUAUUAAAUUAAAAGAAAAGAAUACCAACAAAGCUCAAAAUCCUUCAGAACAUCUUAUUUUUCCAAAAGAUAUAAUAUAUGAAAAAAAUUUAUCUCAAAAACAAUUAAAAGCUAUUAAAAAGCAUCAGAAAAUCACUGAAAUUAUUGAGGAGCUAGAAAACAAAUACUUCAAGGGAAAAAAUUAUUCCAAAGAUUUCAAAAAAAUGUUAAAUACUGAUUCAAAUAACCCCGAUAUAACCUUUGAAGACGAUAAUGUUGAUUACGGGAAAUCAUUUGAUAAAAUAGAUCAAGAUCAAUGGAAAAAUUAUGUCACUUAUGAUGGUGAAAUUGAAGGAAAUUUAGACUGGAAUGAUUAUCAAAAGUUUGAUAUUUUUAUGGGUGAGUGCAAUAAAAAAAAAAUAAAAGAAUUCGUCUGCGCGUUACUAGAAGAACUAAGUGAAGAGGAACAAAAAAUAAUUGCAUGCAUUGUAUUUGUUCUAUGCCACAUCAACGAAGGUGGUCGUAGAGGUAUAAGCUUACUUUGUGAUUUGAUUCUAUGCCUUAGUAUUAAAGCCUGUCGUGUGUUAAAAUGUAUUGUUGUAUUAAUCCAUAGGUUAAUAAAAUGUGGGCUCAAUGGAUUGAAAAUGGUUCUAUAUUGUAUUUGCGAUCUAUUGAGUAUCCACAAAGAAGAUCCCGAGGAAGAAACAUGUCAUUGCUAUUGUCCAAGGAAAAGAAAGGUUAUUCAUCCAUUUGUUUACAACCUUGUAGCUGCUUCUGUUUUAAAAACCACUGAAAAAGAAGAUAGAAUUAAGAAUAUAAAGGCUUUUUUUCAAACAGAAAAUGAAUGCUGGUGUGAUUGCGAAGAAUAUUACAAAUGUGCUGCUGUUCAAACAUUUCAAAACUCCAAAAUUGCCACUGAUCAACAAUCAACAAAUUUGACUUUUGCUACAGAGUAUAUUGAUAGAUAUUUGAAAGAUGGACCUGAUAUACAGUUUCAAAAAAAAAGAUUAAGAAAAAAUAGAGAUAUUGAGCCAAUUUCCGACAUCAUUGACUCGGAAAUACCAAAGGAAGAAUUGGAAAAAUUAGCUUUAGCUGAAUAUAAAGAGUUGUUUUCUGCAAUUAAUAAUGAAGAUGUGAAUGUUGAUGCUUAUUAUAUUAACAAUUAUGAGAUUAUUAAAGACCAUGAUGUGGAAGAAGAAAUUAUAAAUGAAGUAAAAGCAAUCACUAAUGAAGAAGAAAUAAAAGAUAAACCUGAAACUCAAAAUGAACUAAUUGAGAAUAAACAAAGUGAAAAGAAUGAAAACAAGCAAAGCGAAAAUAAAAAUAAAAAUAAAAAUAAAAAUAAUAAUUCUAACCAUACUCGGAUAUCAAAAAGUACUUCUGCAAGAACAUUGUCAUGGUCUUAUUUUUCAUUAGUUUUAUUGCCAUUAGCAGCUUUAUCAUUUUAUUAA